AUGGCCCCCAAGGAGGAAGAUAAACCAUUUUCAACAAGUUCAAUGAAGUCUUCAAAGCCCGCGAUGCCCUCCCUGCUUUCGCCGACGGCCGACAGAAGCUUGUCGGCGGGCCGAUCUCUCGACGCGGGGUCAGCUGCCAUGUUCAGAGGACAAACUUGGAGGAGGAGGAGAGGAGGAGAGGAGGAGGAAGAGGAGGAGAGGAGGAGGAAGAGGAGGAGAUUGAUGACAGGCUUUGCCAAACUGAUGCCGUCCGGCAAACAAGAGAGGUCGCAUGACCGUGUAAUCGAGCGAGAUCGCAAUUGCAGCGAAUACGGGUUUCAAAGGGGGAUCUGGGAGACAUCAGAUGAAGGAUCAAAUGAAGAAUCUGAUGAAGAAUCCAGUCAAUUGGAGUUGCAGCUCAAUCCGGAUUACACCAUCAGCUUCCAGCAUUACCACACUGGCCUGUACGUAUGUAUGGACCGAGACGGGCUUCUUUACGGCGGCUUGCGAGAUAAGGAGAAAUGUCAUUUCAGGGAAGAGAAAACGGCCCAUUUCUCCUCGUACUACUCGGAGGAAUUCCGGAAGAAGGGGCGGAAGCGACUGGUGGCGAUCCGCAAGGACGGGGAAUCCCGGCCGGCGAGCAAGAUCAGAUCUUACUCCAUGUUCACCCCCGUGGAUUCCAUGGAGACGGGGCAGGAGAAAAUGCCGCGGCGCGAGGUGGCGCGAGUGUGGCGCGCGAGGAUGCGACAGCGGCGCCGGGAGCGACAGCGGGAGCGACGCCGGCGUCGCAAGCAGCGCCUCGGACCGACUCGGCAGACGCUCGCGGUCGUCGAGGCGACCACGACCCCCGCGGUCGUCGAUGCGACCACGACCUCCGCCACCCCCGUGACCCACGUGACCCACACGACCCACGUGCGACACCCGCAAAAGAAACUGACCUCGCGGAAGGAAAAGUGGAAGAGGCGACGGAGGGAGAAACUCCUGCGACUCCGUCAGUGGAGGACGCACCGAAGAAACCGCCAUCGCGGAAACACGUGA